AUGGCUUCCAACUCCACGAGUUCUAACGCUUCUUGGACACGUCAGGAAAACAAACUAUUUGAAAGGGCUUUGGCUAUAUAUGACCAGGACACUCCUGACCGUUGGCAUAACGUUGCUAGAGCAGUUGGUGGGAAAUCAGCUGAAGAAGUAAGGCGACAUUACGAGCUACUGAUUAAGGAUGUCAAAGAUAUUGAGUCAGGGCGUUAUCCGCAUCCUACUUAUCGUUCAAAUGGAAACUGAAAGUACUUAAGCUACUCAAAAAGGUUCUUCUGAAACCAACACGGUUCCAAAACCAGAAACAAAGAGAGCAUCUAGACAAAGAUAUAUCAAUGUAUUUAUACUUACUAUUUGUGUAAUAUAUACGAAUAUGUAAGAAUUCUCUACUUCCAUGCUAAUAUAAAU